CAGCACCACAUAAAAAAUAAAUAAAGAUAAAGUUACUGUGUCCAUCGAUAACUAAAAAAAAAAUCAAAAGAAAGAAAAUAAACUAAAAUAAAGACUCUUAAGAAUUUACACCUCUUACCCAUAGCUACAAAGAUUCCAUCACAGAUGUGAAUUAUGUUUUUCAUUCUUAAAGAAAACCAAACACGCCUUCCUUUCUAGCUCUCCCGCCAUCUUGAUGGCUGCUCUUGGUGGGGGGCCCUCCUGCAUCUAAGGCAGGAAGAUGGUGGCCACAAAAAAGACGAAAAAGUCUCUGGAGUCGAUCAACUCUCGGCUCCAUCUUGUUUUGAAAAGAGGAAAGUAUGUACUUGGCUACAAGCAAACUCUGAAGAUGAUCAGACAGGGCAAAGCUAAAUUGGUCAUCCUCUCCAACAAUUGUCCUUUGAGGAAAUCUGAAAUAGAGUAAUAUGCCAUUUUGGCCAAAACUGGUGUCCAUCACUACAGUGGCAAUAAUAUUGAAUUGGGCACAGCAUGUGGAAAGUACUACAGAGUGUGCACACUGUCUAUCAUUGAUCCAGGUGAUUCUUAUAUCAUUAGAAGCAUGCCAGAACAGACUGGUGAAAAGUAAAACAUGUAAAAUUUUUCUUUAAUAAAACUUGGCAGAGCUUGUUUUAAAAACACU